AUGUUUAAGUCAACAUUACAGAACAAGAUUUGGAACAACGAGAAAACCAAGGAAGCUGAGGCUGAAGCUGAAAGAAGUAAAAUCCAAGAAGAGGAGUUAUUCGACACUAAGGUAGAUCGCCAGACCUCGGUAACGUCUGAAUCAUCCUUAUCCCAAGAUAACUCCUCGGUUGAUGUUGGUCAUACCCAAAGAAAACUUUACAAUAGACAUUUGCAGUUAAUCGCUAUUGGUGGUAGUAUUGGUACUGGUCUUUUUGUCACUAUUGGUACCACUGGGUUGACAGUAGGGGGACCUUUAGGUCUUCUUCUUUCGUAUUGUCUUUCCACUUUGCUCACAUUAUUACUUACUUCGGCUGUUGGGGAGAUGGUUUCUUAUAUGCCGGUUGACUCCCCGUUUUUGAACAUGGCCGGCCGUGUUAUUGAUCCUGCAUUCGAAGCAGCCGCAUCUGUCAAUUUCUGGGUGAUGCAAAGUUUAUAUAUCCCAUUCGAAAUCACAGCUGUCAACGGUAUGAUUCAUUUUUGGCGUGAAGAUUAUUCUCCAGCAAUCACUUUUUGUAUCCAAAUUGCCAUCUAUGCUGCUAUCAACUUGUAUGCUGUACGUAUAUUUGGUGAAUGUGAAUUCUGGUUUUCAUUGGCUAAAUUAAUACUUUGUGUUGGAUUGUUGUUUUUCACUUUGAUCACAAUGUGCGGCGGUAACCCUAAACACGACGCCUUUGGUUUCCGUAACUGGCAUGCGGCUGGUGGCCCCAUAGCCACGUUAUAUACCACUGGGUCAUUAGGAAGAUUCCAAGGAUUCCUUGGUUCCUUUAGAUGGAGUUCAUCCUUCACAUGUGUGGGGUCAGAAUAUCUUGGUAUGACUGCUGGUGAAUGUAUCAACCCUCGUCACAACUUACCUAUUGCAUUCAGAACCGUGUUGUAUAGAUUGGUUUUGUUUUACAUUGGUGGUGCCUUAUCUGUUUCCAUUUUAGUUGCCUAUAAUGAUCCAAGAUACCUUGAAUUAACCUCAGACACAUCCAAUGCUGCUUCUUCACCAUAUGUUGUGGCUAUGCAGAACUUGGGGAUUAAGGUAUUGCCACACAUUGUCAACGCUGUUAUUCUUACAUCAGCAUUCUCAGCAGGGUGCCUGUACACCUAUACUUCUUCGCGUUGUUUGUAUAAUUUGGCCAAGAAAGGUUUUGUCCCCAGAUUAUUUAAGAAAUGUUCUAGUCACGGGGUUCCUAUCUUUUGUGUUGGUCUUUCCAUUUGUUUCUCAUUAUUAUCAUUGAUGCAAUUAGGAGAUUCUGGUAGUAAAGUUUUAAACUAUAUGGUCAACUUGUGUACUGGUGCUCAAAUCUUGAAUUAUGCAUUUAUGUCAAUCACUUAUAUUGGGUUCUACCAUGCAUGUAAGGCUCAGAACAUUGACCGUCAUGAGUUUACUUACAGAGCUUGGUUCCAACCAUAUUCCAUUUACUUUGUUUGUUUUAUGUAUUGCUGUCUUGUCGGGAUUUUAGGUUACGAUGUGUUCAUGCCUGGAAAAUGGUCGGUUGACACAUUCUUAUACAACUAUAUCAUGGUGUUUGUUUCAUUAGCAGUUUUCAUUGCUUGGAAACUUUUCAAAAGAACAAAAUUCAUUAGACCAAUUGAUGCUGAUCUAAAAACUGGAUUGGAAGAAAUAGAAAGACACGAAUAUGAAUAUUAUGAACAAUUGGAACAAUCUAGUCACAAGCCAGUUAAUAAAUUCCAGAGUAUUUUACAUUGGAUAUUCUAA